AUGUGUUCUUGUUUGGAGCAAAAUAAAAUAUAGUAGUAUUUUAUUUUGUACAGGCUUUUGCUUUUGGAUAAACGUAAAAAAAACAUUUUAAUGUUGGAAAAACCACAAAUGAGUAAAGUAUUCAAGAACAAGACAACCCCCUCCCUCGUCCUUUGGGUUUCCUAAAUUUUUAAUUACUCAUUCCUGUUGGAAAAAUACUUUCUUUUUCUCUGCAUUUUUCUCACUCACUCAAACACCCUCAUCUGGUUUUUGGGUAUUUCUUUUCAUGUUUAUCUCUCACAGGCUCAUGAACAGUUGUUAAUCAUUAAUUCCUUUGAUGUGUGGGGAAAAAAAAGGCUCAUGUCAUCCAAUUGAAGACCAUUCCUUAUCUUUGUUUCUGAAAUCAUGGUUUUGGGAUUGAAAACUGGAACUAGGAAUAGCCCAUCGGUUCAAGUUGAUUAUCUGAUCCAUAUUAAGGGGAUUAAACCUUGGCCACCCUCACAGUCACUGAGUACACCCCGUGCUGUUCUAAUCGAAUGGCAAUAUGGUGAUAAGCACUCUGGAUCUACUAACCAAGUCGUGCCAUCGUUGGGAACUGGUUCUGGUAUUGGUGAUGGAAGAAUUGAAUUCAAUGAGUCUUUUAGACUUCCUGUGACACUACUAAGGGAAACUUCCUUUAAAGGUGGAGAUGGUGAUACUUUCCAAAAAAAUUGCAUUGAAUUCCACUUGUAUGAACCCAGGCGUGAUAAGACUGUGAAAGGUCAGCAUUUAGGAACUGCUACCCUUGACUUGGCAGAUUAUGGUGUUAUUAGAGAGAGUUUGAGCAUAUGUCCCCCCAUUAACUACAAGCGAACUUACAGGAACUCAGCACAGCCCCUUCUUUUCCUGAAAAUUCAGCUAGGUGAGAAGAGUCGCGUGAGGCCAUCCUUGAGGGACAGCUUAAAAAGAGAAGCAUCAAUGGACCGAAAUGGAUCUCUUUCUAGAUUACUAAGUGAAGAAUAUGCAGAGGAAGCUGAGUUUGCUUCAUACACUGAUGAUGAUGUUUCCUCUCACUUAUCAUUGCCUGUUUCUUCUUCAACUAACGGCUCAAACUAUGGCUCACCACCUCAAGGAGAGGAAAGAUCUGCAGGAGUAAAAUGUAGCCCUGGACAAGACAAAGAUGAAAAUGUCCUAGAUGAUAAGAAAAGGCUUGGAAAUAUGGACAAAAAGCAAGGAACAAAAUCUCCUUCAAGAUUGCAAGGAAGUUUGUCACACCCCUCAACUGAUUUGUCUUCUGAUCUGGCUUGGAUCUCAAAGAAAAUUGGUGGUAGCAGUAGCAUUCAAUAUUCAACAUCUAAUGUGAAUAAUAUAACUGAGGAUACUUCGAAUGCCUGCAUGAUAAUCAAACAGGACAAACAAGCACAAUGUGUGGAACAAAUAGUGGCCAGUGAUGAAAAUGGUAGUGAAAUGUCCAGUCGGCAGAGCUCUGAGGAAGGCUUGAUCGAUGCUCAUCCAGAUGAAAAAGCCUGUCCAAUUCCACAUGUCAUAGAUGAGAGUAGUAACUUUGUUAACACGGUUAGUAAUUUCUCCGACAAUGAAAUUGAAGAGCACACUUCAACUGCAUCACUAAAUGAGCUGUGUGAUGAUGCAAGAGAUGCAGUUACUCAAAAUGGUUUUGUUGAAGGUGAAAACAGUAAGAAUUAUCGGGAAAAUGGUCAACUAUGUGGUCCUCAAAAUGGAGAGAAACACCCAGAGAAAGAGCACGAAAAAGAAAUUUUGGAAAAUAAAGGGAGAUGCAAAAAGGAUGAGUCAGUCAGUUGCUACCCUGAAGAGGAUACUCAAGAACCUGUCCUGAAGAAAACUGAUGCAGUUCCUGCUUACAGGGACAGUUCUGGAGCAAAGAGUAGUACUCCCCAAAAUGAGAUAUUAAAGCAGGUGAUGUCAGUCAGGUCAUCACCAGAAUCAAAUAGGGAUGGAUCUGUUGGAAGUGAUCAGUUUCUAGUGCAAGAUACUCCAAAAGGUGCUAGAGGUUUUUCAAGCAAUGAAAGAAAAGAUCAAAAAGUGAGUCCUAGGGAUACAACAAACAUUCUUUUGGAAAGCAAAAUCCAUAAGCUGGAACAAAGAGUAAAGAUACUUGAAGAAGAAUUGAGAGAAUCUGCUGCUAUUGAAGUUGGUCUUUACUCAGUUGUUGCAGAGCAUGGAUGUUCCGCGAAUAAGGUCCAUGCUCCGGCUAGACGCUUGUCUAGGUUCUAUGUACAUGCCUAUAAAGAAAAUUCUGUAUUUAAUAGGGGAAGUGCUGCUAAAAGUGCUAUAUCUGGAAUAUAUUUGGUUGCAAAGACAUGUGGAAAUGAUGUUGCUAGGUUAACUUUCUGGCUAUCAAAUUCAGUGGUGCUGAGAGCAACUAUAACCAAAUUCCAUGGGCAGCAACAGUUACCUUUUUCUGCUGAUACUUUGCCUGAAAAAGCUAUUGUCAAGGACAAGAAGAAGAAAUUUUCUCCACUUAAGUGGGAGUCUUGCUCCAGCAAUGAUGUCACAAAUGACGAUUGUGAUAGUUUAGGCAAUUGGGAGGACCCUGUUACAUUUAUAAGAGCACUUGAGAAAAUUGAGGCUUGGAUAUUCUCCCGCAUCAUUGAAUCUAUUUGGUGGCAGACGCUCAUUCCAUAUAUGCAGUCUGGUGCUGCAACAGAAAUCUGUAAUGACAUGGUUCCAGAGAUAAAUAGAUUUCGCAGUACGACGUCUAGUUCAGGUGCUGAAGAGCAUGGAAACUUUUCGUUGGAUCUUUGGAAGAAAGCCUUGAAAGAUGCCUGUGAAAGGAUUUGCCCUGUUCGAGCUGGAGGACAUGAAUGUGGUUGUUUGCAUUUGCUCUCUAAAUUGAUAAUGGAACAAUGUGUGGCUAGAUUGGACGUGGCUAUAUUCAAUGCUAUCCUUCGAGAGUCUGCUGAUCAGAUGCCUUCAGAUCCUAUAUCAGAUCCCAUUAGUGAUGCUAAGGUGCUUCCCAUUCCAGCUGGAAAAGCUAGCUUUGGGGCAGGUGCACAACUGAAAAUUGCGAUAGGGAAUUGGUCCAGAUGGCUCACUGAACUUGUUGGCAGCGGUGGUUCCAACUCAGUAGACGAUGAAACUAGAGCAGAUAAUGAAGAUGAUGGGAGUGAAUAUGAUUUCUCUUCCGAGUCUUUCCAUCUCCUUAACGCACUGAGUGAUCUUAUGUUGCUUCCAAAGGAUAUGUUGUUAAGUAGGACAAUAAGGAAAGAGGUCUGUCCCACAUUUGGUCCGAUCAUAAUAAGAAGGGUUCUUAAUGUUUUUGUCCCAGAUGAGUUUUGCCCUGAUCCAAUACAUGAAGUUGUACUUGAAGCUCUUAACUCCAAGGAUCCUUUUGAUGACGAAGAAGAUUCUGUCAUGAGCUACCCAUGCACAGCAGCUCCUACAGCUUAUAAGCCACCUUCAGCUGAUGGUUUAUUAGGUGACGUUAGUCGCCAUUCUCAGCUGAGACGAAGCAGUUCAGUGCUCAAGAAGUCAUACACAAGCGAUGAUGAACUUGACCAGCUGGAUUUGAACUUUAUCAUUUCUGAGGGCAUUGCAACUUCACUUCUCGUAAAAUCAAGUAGCAUAUCAAAAGCUAGCGGAAAUGGAAAUGCUGUUAGGUAUCAACUCCUUCGGGAGGUUUGGAUAAACAGUGAAUAAUAUAAUUUUGAUCUCUAGAAAUGUGUAAAGCAAGAAUAUAGCGCACUUCUUCUUUACUUCGGUGAAUAAAUGUUUGCAGCUAAGGCAAUUGCUGUAUUCCUUCUCA